AUGGCUAAUAAUAUUAAUCCAGUAGUCCCUUGGUCCGACCUUCCACAAGAACUGGUGGAGUUGAUCAUGGCACAUGUCACCACAACCUUCGAUCUUCUACGAUGUCGCGGUGUAUGUCAUUCAUGGCGAUCUUCUGUACUGAACGUGCUAUCACUCGGCGUUACUUCUACUACUCCGUUACUACUCCUCUACAAUAGGCUUGACCUAUGCAAUUCUCCCGCCAAACUCUUGUGUCUUGGUAAAAACACCACCACCAAGUAUAGGCUCCGUUCACCCAACAUGAAGAGGUUGUCGUACAAGGAUGGUGUGAUAUUCAAUAGGACUUCUCCCGAUUUGGUAAAGUCCAUGGAGAAGCACUGGAUGGCAGACGACGAAGGCAUCGAGGAGGAGGCUGAUUCCGGCAAUGGUGGUGGUGGUGGUGCAGUUCCCAAAAGGACUAGAUGUAUUGCUCCCUGUCGUGGAUGGCUACUAUUGUAUCCUUAUUAUGAGAGUUCACUAUAUCUCUUCAAUCCUCUUUCAAGAAUGGUUGUCCAUCUUCCACCGCCAACGGAAUUAAAAAUGAUUGCUGUUUAUAAACUUGGUGGCAGGAAAUGGACGCCUGUUUUCGCUAGUAAUCAUCAUGAAUGGGUUUCCGUCAUAUUUUACCAUGGUAACUUCUACUCGAUUGAUGAGCUUGGUGUGCUCCGACGUUUCUUGUUGGAUAAAUCUUAUUCUAAUUACAAGGAGGAAGAGGUAUGCAAUGGUACUUGUAAUGUCAACCAAUACAGGUACUUGGUGGAGGGGUCGUGGUCUGGUGAAUUGUUGAUGGUUGUGAGGAUUUAUGAACAUCAUAUAUGCAGAACCAAAACCAAGUCGUUUGAGAUUUUUAAGUUAAAUUGGGGUAAUGGUAAAUGGGAAGAGGUGAGUAAUUUGGGUCAUCGAGCUCUAUUCUUGACUACUAAUGAUUCGAAAUUCGUUUCAGUUAGAUAUAAUCCUGAAUAUACACCCAAUUCAAUCUAUUUCAUUGAAGAUACAAAUACAAGAAUGAAAGAUUUCGGAGUGUAUGAUUUGGCAACACACAACAUAAAGCCAUUACAUCCAUCUCAAAAUCAUAUGCAACAAGCUGUAUAUUAUCGUUGGUUUCAACCGGUCCCAUAA